GCGGCCCCGCACGAGCGCAGCAGCCCAGGAAGAAGCUGCGCCGGGGGCGGCGCCUCUUUGCUGCAGAAUGAGGCCGAGGGGCACGAAGGCCGCCUUCCUUGGCCCCUAAACUCCUGCCCUUGAAAAAGUCACAGCUACACUGCAAAUGUGUAGUUACAUACAUGCGUACGGACGGACAUACAUUCAAAUCUGCCACCUUAGCUGUCAUGGCUCCAUGCCAUAUAUGCUGAAAAACGGGUCUCAGCGAACAUUCCUCCAAGUGACUGUUCCUCAGAGGAUCCCAUCUUACGUCACUGGAAAUACGAUCCUUUUUAACCAAUGAUUUCAGAGUUUAUACGUAUAGCCAUGGAGGGUCAGCAGUGUCUUUUGUUCCUCCCAUUCAGCCUAGAUACCCCACUCUCUAUGGUGCUGCUGGAGCAGCUUUCAAUGGACUGUCCACAUGAGCAUCAACCCUGACUGUGACCAGAAGGGAAACUGCAGUUGGUCAGCCCAAGAGGAAAGCGCAAUUGCUACUAUCAAGGCUACAUUGAAGGCUAUACUGAUUCCAUUGUGAUGCUCAGCACCUGCCUUGGGCUUAGUGGGCUGUUGCAGUUUGAGAACAGCAGCUACGGAAUUGAGCCAGUUGAAUCUGCUUCUGGAUUUCAGCAUCUUGUUUAUCAGAUUGAAUAUGAAGAUGCAGAGCGUCCACUUUCUGAACAGAAUUAUUCCAUUAGAUGGAGUUCAGGAAUAACGCCAAGGGUAGAAUCAGGAAUACCAGUUAACUUCAGCACCACGAGAUAUGUGGAAAUGCACAUAGUUGUGGCCAAGGGAUUGUAUGACUAUAUGGGUUCAGAUGAAGAUGUUGUGAUGAAGAAAAUCACUCAGCUCAUCAGCUUUAUCAACACGAUGUUUUACAAACUCAACAUGAAGAUUAUACUGUCCUCUAUGGAGUUUUGGAAAGACAGGGAUAAAAUCUCCACCACAGGGACAGCCAAUGAGUUACUGGAAAAGUUUGUGGACUGGAAACUGGUCCACCUUGCUCUACGACCCCACGAUGUUGCAUUCUUGUUUGUCUACAGGAACAGGGGGGAUUCUGUGGGGUCAACAUUUGCAAGAAAGAUGUGCCACAGACCUUCUUCUGCAGCAAUUGCCAUGUAUGAAAAUGGGAUCACGCUGGAGACCUUCUCUGUGAUCGUGGCACAGCUGCUGGGAUUCAGCCUAGGACUGUUCUUCGACAACUCAAGACAAUGCCACUGCCCAGGCACUUGCUUAAUGAGUACCGAUGCUGUGCAGGCCAGCGGCAUCAAGUCCUUCAGCAGCUGCAGUAUAAAAGAUUUCCGGAAUUUUCUGGAGUCCGGAGCAUCGCAGUGCCUCUUGAACAAGCCACGCAUGGAUCUCAUGUACAGAGCCCCCUACUGUGGAAACAAAGUGGUGGAAGACGGGGAGCAGUGUGACUGUGGCACAGCAAAGGAAUGUGAAAGCAAUCCAUGCUGUGAGCCAAAUUGUCUGUUGAGAAGAGGGAAAGCCUGUGCCCAUGGUGAUUGUUGCUGGUCGAGGUAUUGCAGGUUGAAAGCAAAAGGCACAUUAUGCAGAGGUACUAAAGAUGAAUACUGUGAUCUGAAGGAGUACUGCAAUGGUACCUCUGCUGAGUGCACAGAGAAUUUUUAUGUCCAGGAUGGGCAGAAUUGUGAGGGGGAGACAGGGAUUUGCAUGGAAGGAACAUGCCAAAGUGCAGAUUUGUGGUGCCGCAAAGUAUUUGGAAAAGAUUCAAAAAGUGGAUCAUCUCAGUGUUAUGAGGAAAUCAACAGUCAAAAGGACAGGAUGGGACAUUGUGGUUCCUCUGCCAAAGGAUAUGAAAACUGUCAGUGGCAGGACCUCAAGUGUGGCAAGCUGGUGUGUGAAUAUCCAGGUAAAAAGCCUUAUGCUAUCGAAAAUGCAGCAAUAAUUUAUGCAAAGGUGCAGAAUCGUUUGUGUGUCACUUUGGACUACAUGAAAGGGCCGGGAGUGAAGGACCCAUUCUUGGUUCGUGAUGGCUCCAUCUGUGGGGAUAAUAAGGUUUGCAUGACCCAGAAAUGUGUGGAUAGGUCUGUAUUAAAAACAACUUGUGAUCCAGUGAAAAAGUGCAACAGGAAAGGAGUAUGCAACAAUAAAGGAAAUUGCCACUGCAAUAUGGGAUGGGCCCCCCCUGACUGCACGAUGGAAGAUAGAGGAGGCUUGGGUGGAAGCAUUGACAGCACAUUUCGAAGUGCUGCAACUGUAGACGAAACUCUCAACGUUGGUACAGCUACAAGAAACUGGCUCCUGAUUAGCUUUUUCCUUUUCCUGCCUGUCCUGAUUGGCUCGGUCAUCUUGAUCAUAAAAUUGAGGGACUUUUUCUCAAAUGUGAAAGGGGAGGAGGAAGAGGAGGAAGAGGAAGAAGAGGAAGAAGAGGAAGGAAAAGGUUAUGAUAUGAAAAGAUCUCAACAAGCUCAUCAGCCACAGACUGCAAGUGUAUAGGUAAGGACAGCAGAAGCCCUGGCUUGCCAAAAGGUUACAGAAGUUCCUGUUCUUCUCUCCAUGAAGUACAAUGCAUGAAAAUAUUUUAAUUAGAAUCUUUCUUUCUGCUGUGAA